AUUGACUAAGGAAGUGAUUGGACAUGUGGUCACUGCAAGAUUCUAUCUUCACUUGUGAACGAAAUCAUGAAGGUGAGAACAUAAUUCACUAUCUUUGCCGCAAUGGAGGAGUCAUUGAUUUGCUGACUUUCCGAAAUGCUAUUAAUGAUGAAAAUAGGUAUCUGCUGUCGGAAUACAAUCGUGAUGGAAAACAGUGUAUGCAUAUUGUCGUAAGCCAGGAUAAAGUUGAUCCCAUAAAUAAACUCAUGCUUUUGAUGAAGUGGGGCGCGGAUAUCAAUAGUAAGGAUCAAAAAGAUGGCAAUACGGUUCUUCAUAUUGCAGUGCUUACAAACAACUACGAAGUGGCUAAAUGGCUGUGCCAGCAGCCGGGAGUUGACAUGGAGAUUAUCAACUUUGCUCGUAAGACUCCGUAUCAGAUUGCCUGCGACCGUGCCAAUACCAGGAUGAUGGACCUACUCCGGAAGAAUGGUGCACGAUGUGACGUUCCAUUGAAAAUAAAUACAGCUCGCCGAAGGGCAAGUCAUGAUUAUGGUGUCAAGCUCAUCAGAAUGGGAGAAUCAGCUCGUUAGUUAACGAGCGAUACAACUUGAAACUCUGAUAAGUUUUUGUAGAACUUGCAGUAUCAAUGCAUUUAUAAGUCAUUAUGUUCCGAAAUUGUUAAUUUUAUGUGCCAAACAAACUUUUUAAAACUAUUAUGUGUAAUUAUUAACAGUUUUCCAUUUCAAAUAAUUAGUCUAAGUAGAUUCUUGUUUGCUUUUCUAUGUUCGUAGUUCAGGCAAGCAUACUCUCCGCGAACAUUAUUACAGUAAACUUUUGGCAACUUACUGUAAAUUAAUGAAACAGCAAUAAAAUAGCAAUGUUUCAAAUAUUGUGAUGGACAUUUGCUUUUUAGCUGUCCCACUAUCAGCACAAAACACAUUUCAGUGCUUACGGUGUUUAAUGUGAUCUAAAAUAAACAACAGGAUAUACUUUCGUUGAAAAAUCAGU